CAUUUUCUAGUAGUUUUUGGAAGAAGGGUUUCAUUGCAAUUUUGCGAUCCCCACCUCUCUCUCUCUCGUCUCUCGCUCUCAUGGCCGAGCCGCCGUCGCAGUCGCCGGCGCAGACGCCGCCGCAGGCGGCGCAGCAGCAGCAGCAGGGGCCCGGGGAGAGCGCGCGCGACGACAUGAUGGCCUGCGUGGCGGCGCUGGAGGCGGCGCUGCUGCCCUGCCUCCCCGCGCGCGAGCUCCAGGCCGUCGACCGCUCCCUCCAAUCCUCCCACCAGAUUGAUGUUGAGAGGCACGCGAGGGAUUUCAUGGAGGCUGCGAAGAAGCUCCAGUCUUACUUCAUCAGCCUGCAGCGCGAGGACCGACCGUCGACAGAAGAAAUGCUUCGAAAGGAUAUUGCUAUAAUGGAGGAAGAGCUGAAGACCAAGUCCGAGCUCAUCGACAAACAUAAGAAGCUCAUCGAAGGGUGGCAGAAAGAGCUGAAGGACCAGCUGGGAAAGCAUGUUACUGAACUCGAAAGAGUGUGACACCACUGUCUUCCAUGAAAUGUCCCAGGCUCCUUCCGAUGAUCAACCUGAGUAGCCCAGUGCUGGGCUAUGCCUUGGAGAUUUUGAGUACGCCAGCCAGGAAAAAAAAAACACCACAACAAUGUUUUAGGAUCUGACCAGUUUGCCGAAGACGAACAAAUUGCGCUGUAUUAAUGUUCGUUGCUAUGUUCGGUUUAUCAUAAUAUUAUUGUUCGUAGUUUCUCGUGUGCUCUCCAUCUCAUCGUGUUAGGCAUGCCUAACAUGUUAAACUUUUAGAUUUUUCGGAGCAACAUCUUUUUCCCGAUUAUAGGAGUGUAUGAUAACAUGUGUGUUCAAUGGAAUUGUCUAAUUGCCUCACUUGUCAUUUUA